AUGGACAGUUUUCUUUUGGCUUUUUGUUUGAUGAUUAUUAAAGGAAUAGAUGCGCAUAAUUAUGGUAUGGCAAAUCACAACCUCCAACCAUACAUGCCCAACGUGUGCGUGGAGCGGGAGGUGACGCUCGUGGCCCACAUUCAGCCGUGUGUUCAAGCCUUCACACGAAUGGUCAAAGUAUGGAAACAGGGCUGCACGGGACAGUCCUGGUGCAUGGGAUACGAGCGCAGGACGGCGUACUACACAGCCUACAGACAGGUAUACAGACAGGACUACCAGACUGUGUACAAGUGCUGCCCUGGAUGGUCCCAACUCAAUGGAGAAGCAGGCUGCCUGUAUCCUGUGUGUAGCUAUGGCGUCUGCUUUAACGGAGGGCACUGCCGCGAGGGGUCCACUCAGCUCUGUGACUGUCCCGCCGGCUUCAAUGGGCCCAGCUGCCAGUACGAUGUGAACGAGUGUGAGGAGACAAACGGAGGCUGUGAGGCUCUGUGCUGUAACACCAUCGGGAGCUUCUACUGCAGAUGUCCUCCAGGUCAAAGACUCGACGAGGACGGACGCACAUGCCAAGAUAUUGAUGAGUGCCUUGUUCAUAAUGGAGGCUGCCAGCACAAAUGUGUUAACACCAGAGGGUCAUACCACUGCGAGUGCAACCAAGGCCACCGGCUGCACGUGGACGCACGCACCUGUCUGUCUGUCCUCUCCUGCGCCCUGGGAAACGGAGGCUGUGAGCACUACUGCAUCCAACAAUCGGCCGCACAGUUCCGCUGCCGCUGCAAACCUAACUAUGAGCUGGCAGAGGAUGGCAAGCACUGCAAAUUGUCAAACCCCUGUGCGUUCCAAAAUGGAGGAUGUAGUCACGAGUGUCGGGUGGACGGAGGGAAGGCCUUCUGUGACUGUAGAGCGGGGUACAUGCUGGCAGAGGAUGGCAGGACAUGUGAAGAUAUCGAUGAGUGUGAGACAGAGGAGGCUAACUGCGCCCACGGGUGCCACAACACUCUAGGCUCGUUCAUCUGCGUCUGUAACACGGCCUACGAACUCGGAGCCGACGGGAGGCAGUGCUACAGGAUUGAGAUGGAGAUCGUGAACAGCUGUGAACACAACAAUGGCGGCUGUUCCCAUCACUGCCAGCACUCGACCAGCGGACCUGCCUGCUCCUGUAACCAAGGAUACAGGCUGGACCAGGACCUCAAAACAUGCCUGGAUGUGGACGAGUGUGCCGAGCGGAGUUCUUGCUGUGAGCAGGACUGCACUAACUACCCCGGGGGCUACGAAUGCUACUGCUCCGCAGGGUACCGGCUCAACUCAGAUGGCUGCAGCUGUGAUGAUGUAGAUGAGUGCUUAGCGUUGAAUGGGGGCUGUGAUCACACGUGCCAGAACAGUGCGGGCUCGUUCCAGUGCUACUGCCGCCGGGGCUUCAGACUGGACGAGGACCGCCUCUCCUGCUUCCCUCUGGAUGACGCUGUGGAGGCCUUGUCCGGCACAGGGGCCAUAGAGCUGCCGUUCCCUCAGCUCACUCUGCUCCACGACUACAACCAACCGCUCGAUCGCUAUGACGACUACGAGGAUGACGAGGGAGAGCUGCGAGCCGAGAGCAACCUGGAGGAGAAGUUUGUUUGUUUGGACGAUACUUUUGGUCACGACUGCAGUCUGACCUGUGAUGAUUGCUCAAAUGGAGGGAAAUGUAACAUACACAAAAACGGCUGUGACUGUCCCGACGGCUGGACUGGGAUCGUCUGUAACCAAACCUGCCCAGAGGGAACUUUUGGUCGAAACUGCUCAUUUGUCUGUAAAUGUAAGAACGGAGCCAGUUGUGGUCCUGUGACUGGGAACUGUAAAUGUCCACCAGGGGUCAGUGGAGAGUUCUGCCAAGAUGGUUGUCCAAAAGGCUUCUAUGGCAAACAGUGUAAUAAGAAAUGUAACUGUGCCAAUAACGGGCGCUGCCACCGCACUUACGGAGCCUGUCUGUGUGACCCGGGACUGUAUGGGCGCUUCUGCCAUCUUCCGUGUCCUAAGUGGACAUUUGGAGCAGGUUGUUCAGAGGAAUGUCGCUGUGUACAAAAGAACAGCCUCGAGUGUCAUCGUCAACAUGGCACCUGCGUCUGCAAACCUGGUUACCAUGGAAGCACAUGCAAAGAAGAAUGUGCCCCUGGGUCUUAUGGUCUGUCUUGUGCCAAAAAGUGCAGCUGCUCUCCAGGAGUGUCCUGUGAUCAUGUGACCGGAGAGUGCCAAAGGAAGUGCCCUCCAGGACGCCACGGAGAGGACUGUGGUCAAGCUUGUCCAGAGGGUUUUUUUGGAGCAGGUUGUGCUCAGCCGUGUAACUGCACUGGAGCUCCCUGUGACCCGGUGACCGGAGACUGUCAAUGUCCAGCUGGAACUCUGGGAAAACACUGUGAAGAUGUGUGUCCUGACGGCCUGUGGGGUCCUGGCUGCUCAGACACCUGCCCUGUUUGUGAAAAUGGAGGAACUUGUAACAAACACAAUGGCUCAUGUAACUGCACUGCUGGAUUCAUGGGCAAACUGUGUGAGAACUCUUGUCCCAGUGGUCGUUAUGGUAACGGCUGCCAAAUGAAGUGUUUGUGUGAGAACAACGCUCGGUGUGACCCAGUGAGCGGCCGCUGCACCUGCGCCCCAGGCUGGACCGGACACAACUGUAGGAAAGUGUGUGAUGUUGGCCACUGGGGGGCAGGCUGUGCUCAGAGCUGUGACUGUAAAAAUGGAGAUGGCAGUUGUGAUGCUGUGACUGGUCAGUGCAACUGUGAGGCUGGAUACACUGGACAACAAUGUCAUCAGAAGUGUCCAGGGGGGAUGUUUGGUCUUGGAUGUCGCCAUCGUUGUCAGUGUGAUAAUAAUGCACAGUGUGAUCAUGUGAGUGGAGCCUGCACUUGUCAGACUGGAUGGACUGGCACCUACUGUGAAAAACCGUGUCCUCAGGGCUUCUUUGGCCUGGACUGUCAGAAGAAGUGCUCCUGUCUGAACGGGGGCAGGUGUGAUCAUGUGACCGGGAUGUGCUCCUGUCCCGCCGGCUGGAUCGGCUCUCGCUGCAACCAAAGCUGUCCCACCGGGCGCUAUGGCGACGGGUGUAACCAAACCUGUCCCUGUGGUAACAAUGGGGUCUGUCAUCCUGCCAGCGGUCAAUGUGUGUGUGCCCCGGGCUGGAGCGGAGCCAACUGCACUGAAGAAUGCCCUGUUGGGUUUUAUGGAGCGGAGUGUCAGCUGCACUGUUUGUGUCAAAAUGGCGCCACCUGUGACAAGACUAAUGGAAAGUGCACAUGUGCCAGUGGAUGGACUGGGACAGCCUGUGAACUGGAUUGUGUCCCGGGCCGUUUCGGGGCCGACUGUCAGCAGCAGUGUGAGUGUGAGAACAGAGGCCAGUGCGACAGACAAACAGGACAGUGCCUCUGUGCUCCGGGAUGGGACGGGCCGCGCUGUGAAAGAGCGUGUGAACGAGGCUGGUUUGGGGCAGGCUGCAGGGACAGGUGUCAGUGUUCUCAUGGGGCGUCCUGUCACCAUGAGACCGGAGAGUGCCUAUGUCCCCCGGGCUGGAGGGGCAAACUCUGUGACAAAGCGUGUUUGCCCGGCACUUAUGGGACGGGGUGCAUGGAGCGCUGCAGCUGCGCCCCACAAGGCACGUCCUGCCACCACGUCUCCGGAGAGUGUGGCUGUCCUGCGGGCCGCACUGGGAACGGAUGUGAACUCACUUGUCUCCCAGGAACCUAUGGACAGAACUGUAACCAGGUCUGUCAGUGCUCUCAGACAAACCAGCUCUGCCACCCGGUGUCAGGAGUGUGUUACUGCGCCCCUGGUUUCCAAGGCCCAAAAUGUGACCAAAUCUGCGCAGAUGGCUCGUACGGCCCCAACUGUGAGCGCCGCUGUCAGUGUGAGAACGGAGGGAAGUGUGCGCCCUCUACUGGAGCCUGCCAGUGUCCUGCAGGGUUCAUAGGAGCUUAUUGUAACAUCACGUGUCCAUUAGGUCGAUAUGGAGUGAACUGUGCCUCUGUGGUGCGGUGUUCAGAGGGAGCCCAGAACGACCCAGUGACAGGACGCUGUCUGUGUCCUCCAGGAAGGACUGGGCAAGACUGUGCACAAGGCUGCCCCCCAGGCCGCUUCGGAGCUGGCUGUUCCCAAGUCUGUCACUGCAGUAAUGGGGCACGGUGUGACCCGGUGGGAGGGGCCUGCACCUGUGGACUGGGAUGGACUGGGGAACACUGUGAUACAGAGUGCUCUCCGGGCAGAUUCGGAGCCAACUGUCAGCUGAAGUGUAACUGUCAGAACAAUGGCACCUGCCACCGUGUGACAGGAGCGUGUGAGUGCGGCCCUGGCUUCUAUGGACAUGUGUGUGAGCACGCCUGUCCCUCUGGUUUCCACGGCCUGCUCUGUCAGCUCCAGUGUGACUGUAUGAACGGAGCAUCAUGUGACCCAGCCACAGGUCUAUGUGUGUGUGCACCUGGUUACCAUGGAGACCGCUGUCAAAGAGCGUGUAAACAUGGUUGGUUUGGUGAGACCUGCUCGAAGCGCUGCGACUGUGAGGGACCCUGUGAUCAUGUGACUGGGCGGUGCCUCUGCUCGUCAGGCUGGACCGGCUCCAGAUGUGACACUGAGUGCAGAGCAGACAGCUUCGGCCCGGGAUGUUCUGAAGUGUGUGAGUGUGAGAACGGAGCCCAGUGCGACCGAAGGAGCGGACGCUGCAGCUGCCUCCACGGCUGGAUCGGAGCAUCCUGUCGAGAAGAUGGUCCUCCGCAACUCACCUACGGCAACUCAAGAGGGUCACAGCAUGACAAUUUAUUAUAGCAGCAUUCACCCGGAAAAGCCAGAGAAAGAUCCGCUUUUAUCUUAUGAGUGAACACAUCCCACUGACUAGCAUGACAGCGCUAACGGCUUGAAGAUAUUGUGGAAAAAGAAUAUAGACUCUAAAUGAGACAAAAACCUCCACUUUGAAAAGCUUGAGUGCUUUUGAACUCUGUAUGAAACUUCAGCCUGACAUCGCCAUCGCAUGGUACAUUUUGGAUUGUUAAAAAGUGGAGAGAAAUUUUAAGUACAACCCAGGGGUCUUUAACAGGCCGGUGUAAGUGUAUGCACUAUUUCACUCUGUACAAAGAAGACUACACUCAGCUUUCAAAUUAAAACUUGCUUUAAGCUACAAAGUUUUCCCCGGCACUGCUGUAUUAUCUGCAGUGCAAAGGCUUCUGGUGCUUACAAACAAGCUCGGGUUCAUAAUGGAAAUAAUGUUGGAGAAUUAUAAUG